GCCUGAGUCUCCGGAGAACAACGGGCUCUUUGAGCGCUCGGGAGCAGCCGGCGACUGGGAGCUGCAGGACCGAGAGCGUGAGUCCGGUGGUAGUGCGGCGCGCAGGGGCGAGAGCGCGGAAGGUGGCCCGCGGCGCGCCAAGCAGCCCGGCCCCGGCCCCGGCCCGGGCCCCGACCCCGCGGAGAGCGAUCGCCGCAGGUCCCCGCGCCCUCCCGCUGCGCCCGCCCAUGGCGGCCGCGAGCCAGCUGUGCCUGCUGUACCUGUCGGCCGGGCUCCUGGUGCGGCUCGGCGCAGCCUUCAACUUGGACACCCGCGAGGACAAUGUGAUCCGGAAAUCGGGAGACCCCGGGAGCCUCUUCGGCUUCUCGCUCGCCAUGCACUGGCAGCUGCAGCCAGAGGACAGGCGGCUGUUGCUCGUGGGGGCACCUCGGGCAGAAGCCCUUCCGCUGCAGAGGGCGAACAGAACUGGGGGCCUGUACAGCUGUGACAUCACCUCCCAGGGACCUUGCACGCGGAUUGAAUUUGAUAAUGAUGCUGACCCUAUGUCGGAAAGCAAGGAAGAUCAGUGGAUGGGGGUCACUGUCCAGAGUCAAGGUCCAGGGGGCAAAGUGGUGACAUGUGCUCAUCGGUAUGAAAAAAGGCAACAUGUUAAUACAAAGCAGGAGUCUCGAGACAUCUUUGGAAGGUGUUAUGUCCUGAGUCAGAACCUCAAGAUUGAAGAUGAUAUGGAUGGAGGAGACUGGAGUUUUUGUGAUGGCCGAUUGAGAGGCCAUGAAAAAUUUGGUUCUUGUCAGCAAGGUGUAGCAGCCACUUUCACUAAAGACUUUCAUUACAUUGUGUUUGGAGCCCCGGGUACUUAUAACUGGAAAGGAAUUGUUCGUGUAGAGCAAAAGAAUAACACUUUUUUUGAUAUGAACAUCUUUGAAGAUGGGCCUUAUGAAGUUGGUGGAGAGACUGACCAUGAUGAAAGUCUUGUGCCUGUUCCUGCUAACAGUUACUUAGGCUUUUCCUUGGACUCAGGGAAAGGUAUUGUUUCUAAAAAUGAGAUCACUUUUGUAUCUGGUGCUCCGAGAGCCAAUCACAGUGGAGCUGUGGUUCUGCUAAAAAGAGACAUGAAAUCUGCACAUCUUCUCCCUGAGUAUAUAUUUGAUGGAGAAGGUCUGGCAUCUUCAUUUGGCUAUGAUGUGGCAGUGGUGGACCUCAACAAAGAUGGGUGGCAAGAUAUAGUUAUCGGAGCUCCGCAGUAUUUUGACAGGGAUGGAGAAGUUGGAGGUGCAGUGUAUGUCUACAUUAACCAGGAAGGCAGAUGGAAGAAUGUGAAGCCAAUUCGUCUUAAUGGAACCAAAGAUUCUAUGUUUGGAAUUGCAGUAAAAAAUAUUGGAGAUAUUAAUCAAGAUGGCUAUCCAGAUAUUGCGGUUGGAGCACCCUAUGACGAUUUGGGAAAGGUUUUUAUCUAUCAUGGAUCUUCAAGUGGAAUAAAUACCAAACCAACACAGAUUCUUGAGGGUACAUCACCUUACUUCGGAUAUUCCAUUGCUGGGAAUAUGGACCUGGAUAGGAAUUCCUACCCUGAUGUUGCUGUUGGUUCCCUCUCGGACUCAGUAACUAUUUUCAGAACCCGGCCUGUGAUUAACAUUCAGAAAACCAUAACUGUAACUCCUAGCAGAAUUGACCUCCGCCAGAAAUCCCUGUGUGGGCCACCUAGCGGGAUAUGCCUCAAGGUUAAAGCCUGUUUUGAAUAUACUGCCAAACCUGCUGGUUAUAAUCCUCCAAUAUCAAUUUUGGGUAUGCUUGAAGCUGAAAAAGAAAGAAGAAAGUCUGGAUUGUCCUCACGAGUUCAGUUUCGAAACCAAGGUUCUGAGCCCAAGUAUACUCAAGAGCUGACACUGAACAGGCAGAAGCAGCGGGCGUGCAUGGAGGAAACCCUCUGGCUGCAGGAAAACAUCAGGGACAAGCUGCGUCCCAUCCCCGUAACUGCUUCUGUGGAGAUCCAGGAGCCCAGCUCUCGCCGGCGAGUGAAUUCACUUCCUGAAGUUCUUCCCAUCUUGAAUGCAAAUGAACCCAAGACAGUCCAGACAGAUGUGCACUUCUUAAAAGAGGGCUGUGGGGACGACAAUAUAUGCAACAGCAACCUUAAAUUAGAAUAUAAAUUUUGUACCCGAGAAGGAAAUCAAGACAAAUUUUCUUAUCUACCAAUUCAAAAAGGCAUACCAGAAUUAGUUCUAAAAGAUCAGAAGGAUAUAGCUCUGGAAAUAACAGUGACCAACAGCCCUUCUGAUCCAAGAAAUCCCACGAAAGAUGGCGACGAUGCACACGAAGCUAAACUGAUUGCCACGUUUCCCGACACCUUGACAUAUUCCGCUUACAGAGAACUGAGGGCCUUCCCUGAGAAACAGCUGAGUUGUGUUGCCAACCAGAAUGGCUCCCAAGCUGACUGUGAACUCGGAAAUCCUUUCAAAAGAAAUUCCAGUGUUACUUUUUAUCUGAUUUUAAGUACAACUGAGGUUACCUUUGACACCACAGAUCUGGACGUUAACCUGAAGUUGGAAACAACAAGCAAUCAGGAUAAUUUGGCUCCAAUUACAGCCAAAGCAAAAGUGGUUAUUGAACUGCUUUUAUCGGUCUCCGGAGUUGCUAAACCUUCCCAGGUGUAUUUUGGAGGUACAGUUGUUGGUGAGCAAGCUAUGAAAUCUGAAGAUGAAGUGGGAAGUUUAAUAGAGUAUGAAUUCAGGGUGAUUAACUUAGGUAAACCUCUUAAAAACCUUGGCACAGCGACCUUGAAUAUACAGUGGCCAAAAGAAAUUAGCAACGGCAAAUGGCUGCUUUAUUUGGUGAAAGUAGAAUCCAAAGGUUUGGAGCAGAUCGUCUGUGAGCCACGGGGUGAAAUAAACUCCCUGAACCUGAAGGAGUCUCACAACUCAAGAAAGAAACGGGAAAUUCCUGAAAAACAGAUAGAUGACAGCAGAAAAUUUUCUUUAUUUGCUGAAAGAAAAUACCAGACCCUUAACUGCAGUGUCAACGUGAAGUGUGUGAAUAUCAGGUGUCCACUGCGAGGGCUGGACAGCAAGGCCUCUCUUGUGUUGCACUCCAGGUUAUGGAACAGCACAUUUCUAGAGGAAUAUUCCAAGCUGAACUACCUGGACAUUCUCGUGCGGGCCUCCAUCGAUGUGACUGCAGCUGCUGAGAAUAUCAAGCUGCCUCAUGCAGGCACUCAGGUUCGAGUGACUGUGUUUCCCUCAAAGACUGCAGCCCAAUAUUCAGGGAUAGCUUGGUGGAUCAUCCUACUGGCUAUUCUUGCUGGGAUUUUGAUGCUGGCUCUAUUAGUGUUUUUGCUAUGGAAGUGUGGAUUCUUUAAGCGCUCUAGGUACGAUGACAGCAUUCCCCGAUACCAUGCUGUACGGAUCCGGAAAGAAGAGCGAGAGAUCAAAGAUGAAAAAUAUGAAAAUCUUGAAAAAAAACAGUGGAUUACAAAGUGGAGUGAAAAUGAAAGUUACUCAUAGAAAAGCUCCAUACUACCCAAAAUGCCUUUUUUUUUUCCAACUCAGUGAUUCAGAUGGAUUCAAAAGCCUGUUCAAUACCUGAAUUUCAGACUGACUGUACACACUAGAGACCUACAGUUUUAACUGUGGAUAUUGUUACGCAGCCUAAGGCUCCUGUUUUGCACAGCCAAAUUUAAGACUGGAGUGGAUUUUUCUUUAACUGCCUUAAUUUAACUUUCCAGGUUGCCUUUGUUUUUGGUGUGGCUGGCUUGCACCUGCUGGGGAAGGGCCUGCCCAGCUGCGCUCCUGUGACAUCCUCCUGUUGGCACAGCUGGGGGAAGGCCCCCACUAUCACCCAUGCUAAGAGUGGCUGUCUCAACCUGCCACCACAGCAUCCUUCUCAUAGGAUUGGAGAACCUGCGAGUCAACUGCCCUCACUGCACAAGACUUGGCCAUUGGGGUAGUUGUGUCUCUGUUGAAAGUGCUGUCUUAAAUUAAAUGUGCAAUAGAAGGUGAUACAUCAUCUUGCCUUCUCUCUCCAUUUCCUGGAAGUGUGAAUCCUUGCUCACACCAAAUGCACACAGGUUCCCUUCUCCCUCUUCACUAAAACACACAGGUGCAACAGACUUGAAUGCUAGUUAUAUUUGUUUAUAUAUGAUAUUUAUUUUUCUUCAAGCCAUCUUGUUGUUGACUAACAAACCAAAGAUGCUACAGAUUGGUUUAAGCAAUCAGAAUUAGAACUUGGCAAGUCAUUUGGUUUGAUCUUAGUUAUUUACU